AUGGAAAAUACUCAAGGCUCCUUAACUGAAGUAAAAUAUCAUUCUGAACAAGCGCAAACUCAAACAAAAAUUGACAAUUCAUCAAUACCAUCGGAUCCUCCACCACCGUUUUCUGGUUCUAAUACACUAGAACUUCAGUCCUCACAACCACUGGUAUUGGGAUCUGGCCCACCAAAUCAGUCUUCACAACCAAUUUUCUCCAAUCAACCCUUACAACAAGUUUCUCCCAUUCAGUCUUCACAACCACAAUCUUACUCCUAUCAACCAGCACCACAACAAGGUUUCCCUAAUCAAUUUCCACAAGGAAAUCAAUUUCCGCAAGGAAAUCAAUUUCCACAAGGAAAUCAAUUUCCACAAGGACAGCAACAAUAUGUCCAGCAAAUUAAUCAAGCUCAAUAUUCACAAAAGCAACAACCACAACUCCCUCAAUCUCAAUCAACAUAUCAACAAGCAAACAUGGGAUUUUCUCCGACUCAACAACAAAUGAGAGGCAUUCCAAACCAACAACAGACAGGCGUUUUACCUCAAGAACAAGUCGUUUAUGUAGUGCAACCUCCUCCUCCCGCGACGAUGAAUCCGAAUCAAGGAUAUAUUAACAUUAUUUCUCAUACACCUGAGAGAGUAAAUUGUCCGCAUUGCAAUAAUAGCGUAGUUACGAUGGUAACUGAAGACCUCGGAUCAACUGCAUAUAUUGUCGCUACAAUUUUAUGCCUAGUAUUCUUUCCACUUGUUUGGGUACCUUUCGUUCUGCCUAAUUUUAAGGAUAAAAUCCAUACUUGUCCAAAUUGUAGAACUACUUUGGGUGUUGUUAAAGCCUAA